AAAGGGUACGUGCUAAAAUUUGCAGAGUUAGAAAUGAAAGUUGCACAAACAAAAUGUGUCAUUACAGAGCUGGUUGUAAAAAUUCCAGUUAAAGAUGGCAGAUGGGCGUCAGUGGGAACAAAUUAUUACUGAAGUUAUGAUUCAGCCUUUUUGAUUAUAAUUCGAUUAUUAUAUCUAAUUUUCUUUGAAAAUGUGAAAAAGUUAUUGGAGAAAAUGUUAUAUGAUAAAAAUGAACAUAAAUACAACUUAAAUCAACAUAUUUGCCAAAUUAUAAAUUUUCAAAACUACAGAUGGGAACGUGUUGUGCAUUUAAAGAAGAAAAAGUAUAAAGUUAAUCCUUAAAACACGUUUUUACAGAAACAAACUUUUCUAUUAUGUUUUGUUGACUUGUUUUAAAGUGCAAAACUAAAUGACUGAUUACUCUGAACAUAACUGCUUUUUGCCUCCUUCCACUUGAUGCUGAAAUCUUAGUGUAGUCUUUAGCCUUUUAUGUAAAUUAAGAGGGUUGAAAGGGGGGAAAAUAACAUUAAGUCAUUAAAAUUACGUUAUUUAACCAACUUAAACUUACACCACCGCUCCUGAAAGUGCUAUUUUUACGUUUGGCCAGUUGCUUAGGUAACGGGUCAAUUAGCAAAGCUAGCUAAAGCUAACUGCGCUAGCAAACGUGAAAGUGGAGAUUCGCUGUUUUUGUGUGUUUUUAACCUUGUGGGGUUCGGUUUAAACGAAGAUGAACAUCUCUAUAUUCGACUCGGAUAAAACACCAGAAUGUGGUAUGGAGUUGGGUGUGGUCGUUCGGACGGGGAGCGACCCCACCGUAACCGGUGACCUCCGGGUGGUGUCUAAUCUGCGGGCCUCGGAGGAGAGCAGUUGGGUGACUCCAUCCUCUCCUGGCAGAGUACCGACAGACAUCCGGAAGUUGCUGACGGAGUGGAUGUUCAAGGUGUGUGAGGAGCAGCUAUGUGAGAAGGAGGUGUUUCCAUUGGCCGUGCAUUACCUGGAUUGUUACCUGAGUCGGUGCUCUAUAGAAAGGUCCCACCUGCAGUGUUUAGCGGCUGUCUGCAUGUUUUUGGCCUCCAAGAUGAGAGAACUUGUCCCCCUGACCGCCAGCAAGCUGUCAAUCUACACAGACUGCUCAGUUUCAGCCCCAUCCAUCCUGCGGUGGGAGGUGAAGGUGGUGUCCAGGUUAGGCUGGUGUCUGGCCUCCGUGGUGCCUUCUGACUUCCUGGAGCCAAUUCUUCAUGCUCUCCCUUUUGUUCAAGCUCCCUUCCUCCAAAUAAUCCGCCACCAUGUUCACUCCUAUAUUGCUCUGGCUGCCAUGGACCACCGGUUUUUGGCCUUCCUGCCUUCCACCCUUGCAUGUGCCUGUGUGAGCGUUGCCAUGCAGAGGCUGAAGAUAACAGACAGAGAUGUUUCCUCAGACUCGAUCGUCAAGUUUACAGCCAACCUUCUGUCUGCUGAUCUGAGCUCCGUCCUCUGUUGCCGUGAACUGCUGGGAAGCGUCUUGGAGCUCAGCCUGCUCUCCCUUCUCUAGGACAAGUGUUGGCAGGUCAGACGUAUGCAGGUCAGGGAUCGCCAACGCCCCCACCUACAUCCAGGAUGUUGCACUGACCCCGGUUACGCCACAUCAGGAUGUCAGAACCAAAACACUCCUACCUGCCAUGAAGAAUUCCAGUGAAUAAUGAUGUUUGCAGCCAGCCUAAGAUAUGAGACAUUUAUGUGCCUGUGAGGGUUCAGAAACUAAAUCUGUGUUCA